AUGGCACCCGCCACCCACCCCACCAAGAAAUUCGCCGAGAACCAACCCAAAAAAGACACCCCCAAGAAGGAAAAACCCCCCAAAGAGGAAAAAAAGCAGGAAAAGAAGGAAGAGAAGAAGCCGGCGCCGGAGGAGGAGCUGGACGAGUGCGACCAGGCCCUGGCUGCGGAGCCCAAAUCCAAGGAUCCCUUCGCCCACCUUCCCAAGAGCCCCUUCGUCAUGGACGAGUUCAAGCGGAAAUAUUCCAACGAGGAUACGCUCUCCGUGGCGCUCCCGCACUUUUGGGAACAUUUCGACAAGGAAGGCUGGUCCAUCUGGUACGCGGAAUACCGCUUCCCGGAGGAGCUCAGCCAGACCUUCAUGAGCUGCAACCUCAUCACGGGGAUGUUCCAGCGUUUGGAUAAGCUCCGUAAAAACGCCUUCGCCAGCGUCAUCCUCUUUGGAACCAACAACGACAGCAGCAUCUCCGGAGUCUGGGUUUUCCGCGGGCAGGAGCUGGCAUUCCCGCUGAGCCCGGACUGGCAGGUGGAUUACGAAUCCUACACCUGGCGCAAGCUGGAUAGCGACAGCGAGGAGUGCAAGACGCUGGUCAAGGAAUAUUUCCUUUGGGAAGGAGAAUUCCAGCACGUCGGAAAACCCUUCAACCAGGGCAAGAUCUUCAAGUGA